AUGAUUUUCUUAAAACAACCAAAUUCAUUCUUUAAAAAAAGAAUGAUUUUCUUUUUGAUUUUUUGUCUGAUUUGCAUUGAAUAUGCAAUUGGAAUGCAAGGGGAAGGAAGUUCUAAAGGAACUCAAAAGCAUCAUGGAAAUGAAGGGGCAGGAAGUUUUGGAAUUGUUCAGAAGCUAUUAAAAUUCGGAGGGGCAGGAAGUUCUAAAGGAACUGGAAAGCAUCUUGGAGAUGAAGGGGCUGGAACCUCUGGCGGUGGAAGUCAACAAGUUGAACAGCCUGUCUGGGGACAAUUCCAUGGACUUGAUUUAGAUAAUGCCAAACAAUACAAAAUUAAAAUAUAUGCAAAACAAUGUAACUUAUAUACAUAUACAUAA